CGCACUUCUGCGUUAGUCUUUCAUGUGAACACUUGUGAAUUCUUAACGAGUUUUUUUAGUUUCAAAUUAAAAAUUAUCCGUCAAAAUGGAUGAUAUUUGCAAUGCAAGAUCCUACAUCAAUCUUGGAUUUGACAACGAUCUUGUGGACAAUUUAAAAUCAAGCAAACAAGGAGACUUGCUUAAAGGAAACGUAGAAAGGGAUACCGAAAUUGUUUUUGGCGGAUCUCGACCGACUACAUACUGUUGGAAAAAUGUUGAAGUUCAGUUGGAAGUAAAUCAAAGUCAUUGUUUCAAUGGGAUGGCCCGAGUUCAGAAAAAAAUUCUCAAAAGUGUCACAGGAUGUCUCAAGCCGGGAGAAUUUCUCGCCAUCAUGGGAGCGAGUGGAGCUGGAAAGACUACUCUUCUCAAUUGCCUGACAUUUAGAAACGCUAGGAAAUUGAAAAUCAACGGCGAGAGGUACCUCAAUGGAGCGGAAGUUAACACGGACAUCCUCGCGCGAAUCUCCGGAUUCGUACAGCAAGACGAUCUGUUUAUCCCAACGCUCACUGUCAAGGAACAUCUGCAAUUCCAGGCCUUGUUGCGGAUGGACAAACAUUUGAGUUACGAAGAAAGAAUGAAUCGGGUUGACAAUGUGAUCCUAGAAUUAGGACUCAGUCAGUGCAUCAACACCGUCAUUGGCCUUCCAGAAAGAGAUCUCAAAAGCAUUUCUGGAGGCGAAAGGAAGCGACUGGCAUUUGCCUCAGAGGUUUUGACCAAUCCGUCGCUGAUUUUCUGUGAUGAACCUACUUCCGGUCUCGAUUCUUUCAUGGCCCACAACGUCGUUCAAAUUUUGAAAAACUUUGCACUUUCGGGCAAAUCGGUCAUCUGUACGAUACAUCAACCGUCAUCCGAAGUUUUUUCGCUUUUUGAUCGAAUUCUAUUAAUGGCCGAGGGUAGGACGGCCUUCCUUGGCCCAGCUGGUGAUGCCCUGCCCUUUUUCUCCAACCUGGGUUUCCCUUGCCCACCCAAUUAUAACCCUGCCGACUUUUUCAUUCAUACUCUGGCCACCCAAGGGAUGGAAUCGAGUAAGGAAAAGAUCAAAAUGAUUUGUGAUGCUUAUGACACUUCAGAGUCAAGUCGAUGUAUUUUGGAAGUUUUCAAAUCAAAUUGUUUUGUCAAUUCAACCGAUGGAGUGAAUCGGGAAAAUUUGACACAUGGAAUCAAAGAAAACAAGUCUCCUUACAAAGCUUCCUGGAUGAUGCAAUUCAGGGCCGUCUUUUGGCGAUCAGUCAUUUCUCUAUUGCGAGAAUCAGCUAUUAUGAGAGUCAAAGCUUUUGAGACUAUUUUUAUUACUGCUAUCGUAGCUAUCAUUUUCCAAGGCCAGACCAAAGAGUUUGCUAACGUCCGCAACAUUCAAGGUGUCCUCUUCAUAUAUGUUUCCAAUACGACGUACCAAUAUGUUUUUGGAGUCAUCACCGCAAUAUCAGGUGAAUUGCCAAUAUUCCUGCGCGAACACCGCAAUGGAAUGUACCGGACGGACGUCUACUUCCUAAGUAAAACCCUGGCUGACUUGCCCGUCUACAUUUGUUUUCCGUUUGUCUUCGUUGCCAUUACCUAUUACGCCAUUGGAUUGAAUCCCUCGCCCGAUAGAUUCCUUAUCGCUUGCGGAAUAGUCAUCCUCGUCGCCAACGCCGCAACGUCAUUUGGCUACCUGAUUUCUUGUGCAACUGGAUCGACUCAAUUAGCCAUAGAUUUGACCAAUUCGCUUUUGAUUCCUAUACUCCAUAUGGGAGGAUACUUCCUUCGAAGCGGAUCGGUGCCCAUCUACUUGGAGUGGAUGCGCUAUUUUUCUUGGUACAUGUACGGUCUUGAAGCGCUUUCCAUCAACCAGUGGUCUGGUGUCAGCUUCAAUGACCCGGCUUGUCCUAACGGGAUCUGCACUGGAGCACAAAUCCUUCGGAAUUUCGAUUUUAAUCCGAACUUCUUCUAUCGUGAUAUUGGCGGACUUUGUGGAUUGAUUGUGGGAUUCCGCAUUUUGGGAUUUUUCGCUCUACUCGUCAAGAUUUCUAAAAGUAAAAACAAAUAAAAAUCUUAGUUUAUUUCCAACAAUUUGUACAAUCUCAUUUUCUCUUAUUGCUUUCAUGUCACUUUCCUUUUACUCUAUUGCACUCUAAAAUAGUUUA